CUUCGGUCACUCCAGUGUCUCCUACGCAGAAAACCCUCCCCUUUCUUCAACACUUCCUAAAACCCUGAAACGUCAAUAUUCGCCAACAAUGGCCGGACCGACCGAACUGAUUCGGCACAUUGAAUCGUACGUCGACACGUCUUGCUCUCCUUCCCAGCAGACUGCGAGCUUGAAUUCGGUUGUUACGCUCGUGAAGAAUGACCUUUUAACUGUCGAAGUGCUGGUGAAAGAGAUGGGGAUGUAUUUGACCACUACGGAUAAUGUCAUCCGUGCUCGAGGUAUCCUUCUUUUGGCAGAAGUUCUAACGGGUCUGGCAUCAAAACCACUAGAUACUGCAACUAUUCAUAGCUUGAUAGGAUUCUUCACAGACAGACUGGCAGAUUGGAGAGCUUUACGUGGUGCACUUGUCGGUUGCUUGGCACUGCUGAGGAGGAAAGCUAGUGCUGGAAUGGUCUCUGCCAGUGAUGCAAAAGUUGUUGCUCAAACUUAUGUAGAGUCCCUACAGGUGCAAGCUUUAGGGCAGCAUGACAGAAAGCUUUGCUUUGAGCUUUUGCAAUGCCUUUUAGUGCGCCAUCCCAAUGAAGUUGCUUCACUGGGAGAAACCUUUUUCUACGGGAUCUGUCAAGCAAUGGAUGGAGAAAAAGAUCCUCAUUGCUUAAUGUUAACAUUUCCUAUUGUUGAGGCUUUGGUGCAAAUAUAUCCAGACCCAUCUGGCUCACUUGAAAGUUUUUGUGAAGAUCUCUUUACAUUAUUGGGAUGUUACUUUCCCAUUCAUUUUACUCAUCUGAAAGAUGAGGACUCUGAUGUGAAAAGAGAUGACCUCUCAAAGGCACUAAUGUCAGCAUUGUCAUCCACACCUUUAUUUGAGCCAUUUGUCAUUCCAUUGCUUCUUGAGAAACUUUCUUCAUCUCUGCCAUUAGCAAAGGUUGAUUCUUUGAAAUAUCUUAACCACUGCACAGCUAAAUAUGGAGCUGACAGAAUGGCAAAACAUGCUGAAACUAUUUGGAUUUCAGUGAAACAUGCCAUAAGUAAUUCUUUGGAAAAGCCUGCUAUAUCCUUUACUGAAGAACCACUUUAUGGUCUUGGCUUUCAAGAGAAUGAAGUUGCAACAGAAGCUCUAAUGCUUCUAGAAAAGGUUACCAUGCAAAAUGAGGCGUUAUUUGUAAAUUUAAUUGUUCGUGAUGAAGAUAUAAACGCAGUUUUCAACUCCAUCACUAGGUAUGAAAAUUAUAAUAUUCCUUUGCAAGGCAAGCAAAGGUUACAUGCAGUCGGUCGUAUCCUUUAUAAGAUAACAAAGACUUCUGCCGCUUCCUGUAAAAGUGUGUUUGAAAGUUUCUUCCCUUGCCUAAUGAACACUCUCGAGAUUUCUGUGAGAAAUUCAUCUGGGGAUUGCUCUCUUAAUGAGAAUUCUUUUUCCUCAAAAAGAUUUAAUUUUGGAGCUCUUUAUCUCUCCGUGGAACUCAUUGAGGCAUGCAGAGAUUUAAUUAUGACAUUCAAAGACCUUGCUCCGAAGCCUGAUACUACACAUGCGACAUGUUGCUACAUGCUUCAGAGCUUUGCGGAUUCACUAAUCAUUGCCUUUUGUUCUUCCUUGGCCACAUAUCUUAAUGAAGUUCAUGGUGCAGAGAUUUAUUUCACAGUCAAGGGUUUACAGAUGCUGGCUACAUUCCCUGGAGAUUUCUUGCCAAUAUCAAAAAUUAUAUUUGAGAAUAUUCUGACGGAACUGAUGUCAAUCAUCUUAGUGGAUUUCAACAAGGCAUUGCUAUGGAAGCUAGCAUUGAAGGCUUUAGUGCACAUUGGCUCAUUUGUGGAUGCAUAUCAUGAGUCCGAGAAGGCACUAAGCUAUAUAGACCUUGUUGUUGAAAAGACACUUUCAUUGGUGUCUCAUGAUGAUUUCAAUGUGCCUUUUCCACUAAAACUGGAGACAGUCUCUGAGAUUGGUGCAAGUGGGCUAAAUCAUAUGCUAAAAAUUGUACAAGGGCUUGAAGAGGCCAUAGUCGGCAAGUUAUCUGAUUAUGUCCAUGGAAAAUUGAACUUGGCUGAAAGGACAAUUCAACUUUUGGAAUGCUACUGUAAUAAGAUUCUUCCAUGGAUCAAGGAAACUGGAGGUCUUGAGGAAGUUCUGUUGCGGUUUGUCAUUAACAUUUGGAAUGCUUCUGAAAGUUGUAAAGAUUUUAGUGUUCAAGUCCGGGAAGAAGAGCUUCUUGAUGCAGUCAUGAUGGCAAUGAAGCUUGCUGUUGGGAGCUGUUCAGAUGAAAGCCAGAAGAUUAUGGUCGACAAGGCUUACAGUGUUCUUUCAUCAAACAUAUCCAUUCCAUUUAAGGAAUCCAUGGAUGCAACCUCUUCAAUCCAACUUCAAGAAUUGCACGUUUCUGAACAGAGAGACACAUUCUCUCAUAGAGAUGAAUGGAUUGUUUCACUAUUUGCAUCAAUAAUCAUAGCGGUGCAUCCAAAAACACAGAUUGCAAAUCUGAAAGGGCUAUUGCAUUUGUUUAUGACAACCCUUCUUAAAGGUUGUGUUCCAGCAGCUCAGGCGUUGGGUUCUGUGAUCAAUAAAUUGGGUACAAAGUCCAAGGAAACGGAAAAUUCAAAGGACUGUACCCUGGAAGAAGCGAUUGAUAUGAUUUUUGGAACAAAUAUAUGGAGUUUCAAUGAAAAUGGAGUUUUAAAGACAUCUGGAACAAGUAAUGGCAUAAAAGUGAGUCUUACUGAUCUAUGCCUUGGUUUUUCGAGCAAUAAGCAGCUUCAAGUCCGUGCCUUAAUUGGAUUAGCAUGGAUAGGAAAAGGUUUGCUUCUACUUGGUCAUGAAAAAGUAAAAGAUGUAACCAAAAUUUUUUUGGAGUGCUUACUGUCAGAAGGCAGAAAACAUGCCAUGGAGUUACAGCAAGGUCUAGAAAACAGUUAUGAGCAGCAUUCUGUGAUGAGAACCGCUGCAGAUGCAUUUCACAUUCUUAUGAGUGAUUCUGAAGUUUGUUUGAACCGAAAAUUUCAUGCCAUAACACGGCCACUCUACAAACAGCGGUUUUUCUCUUCGGUGAUACCUAUUUUGCAGUCUAUGAUAAUAAAGUCUGAUUCAUCAUUAUCCAGAUCUAUGCUGGUUCGGGCAUCUGCACACCUUAUAUCUAAUGCCCCUUUAAUUGCUAUCUUGAGUGAAGCAGAGAAGCUCAUGCCGAUAAUGUUGGAUGGGUUGUCCGUGUUAAGUGAGGAUAUUCUGGAUAAAGACAAGCUAUACAGUCUUUUGCUAGUUCUUUCUGGAAUAUUGACAGAUAAAAAUGGAAAAGUAGCUGUCGUAGAGAAUGCACAUAUUUUAAUUAAUUGUCUCACCAGACUCAUUGGCUACCCGCAUAUGAUGCUUGUCCGAGAGACUGCAAUUCAAUGUCUUGUUGCAACGUCUGAGCUGCCCUAUGCAAGAAUCUUUCCCAUGAGAACACAGGUACUACAAGCAAUAUCCAAAGCUCUUAAUGAUCCAAAGAGGGCUGUUCGUCAAGAAGCUGUCAGGUGUCGACGAGCAUGGGCGUCAAUUGCAUAAAACAAGUCUUCAUGAAUAUGAAGAUCGGUACAGGGUCAUCGACUUUUCCAAGGCUACCUCCACAAAUUGAAUCGUGCAAUGAUUCGAACAUUUUACCAUGUGGGGAUCGCUCAUCGUUGUACGUAGAACAGCUUAUACUUGUUGAGUGUUUGAGUAGUUGUAAAUAUUCGAAUACACAACGUAGUUCUGUUGGUAGCUAGGCGAUUUCGCAAAGAGGCAACUUAGUAUUCUGUAGAAUGUUUUACAUUGUUCAAUAUGUACCUUAAUUUGGGAGCCACAGACAAAUCCCUCAGUUCACUUCCA